GAUCCCCAAUCAUUUCUUCGCACAGUUAUAGUUAAAGCAUCGAUCUUCUUUCUAGUCUGCUCAGCUUCGUUUACUUUUCUCUUUCGUUCUUCUUUGAAAGUGAUAUAUAAUUUAAGUGAAAUAACUUAUGGCGGGAAAAAGCGAAGGUCCGGCGAUCGGCAUCGAUCUCGGGACGACGUAUUCAUGUGUCGGUGUUUGGCAACAUGAUCGCGUUGAGAUAAUCGCGAACGAUCAAGGAAAUCGAACCACUCCUUCCUACGUUGCGUUCACUGAUACUGAGAGGUUGAUCGGCGACGCGGCGAAGAAUCAGGCCGCCAUGAAUCCGAUCAACACCGUAUUCGAUGCCAAACGUUUGAUUGGCCGACGAUUCUCUGAUCCCUCCGUGCAGAAUGACUCGAAGCUAUGGCCUUUCAAAGUUAUCCCCGGCGCCGGUGAAAAACCCAUGAUCGUCGUCAAAUACAAAGGAGAAGAGAAACAAUUCACCGCCGAGGAAAUUUCCUCAAUGGUUCUCACCAAAAUGAAAGAAAUUGCUGAAGCUUUCCUUGGCAAAACCGUAAAGAAUGCUGUAGUUACAGUACCUGCCUACUUCAACGACUCGCAGCGGCAAGCCACCAAAGAUGCCGGAGUCAUUGCCGGUCUAAACGUCAUGAGAAUUAUCAACGAGCCCACAGCUGCGGCCAUUGCUUAUGGGCUUGACAAGAAGACUAAUAGCUCGAGUGAGAAGAAUGUUCUCAUAUUCGAUCUCGGUGGUGGCACCUUCGAUGUCUCUAUACUCACUAUUGAAGAUGGCAUCUUUGAAGUGAAGGCGACAUCAGGCAACACUCAUCUCGGGGGAGAGGACUUCGACAAUCGAAUGGUGAACCAUUUCAUGCAGGAAUUCAAGAGGAAACAUAAAAAGGAUAUUAGCAAUAAUCCCAGAGCUCUUCGAAGGUUGAGAACAGCUUGUGAGAGAGCGAAGAGGACUCUCUCUUCCAGUGCGCAGACCACCAUUGAAAUCGAUUCUUUAUUCGAAGGCAUUGACUUCUACAGUUCGAUAACGAGAGCAAGGUUCGAAGAGCUCAACAUUGAUCUCUUCAGGAAGUGCAUGGAGCCAGUGGAGAAGUGCAUGAAAGAUGCCAAGAUGGAUAAGAGAACCAUCGACGACGUUGUCCUGGUGGGUGGUUCUACUAGAAUUCCCAAAGUUCAGCAGCUGCUUCAAGAUUUCUUCAAUGGAAAGGAGCUCUGUAAAAGCAUAAACCCUGACGAGGCUGUGGCCUAUGGUGCUGCUGUUCAAGCAGCAAUCUUGAGCGGUGAUGGCAAUGAGAAAGUACAAGACAUGCUUCUUAUUGAUGUUGCUCCUCUCUCCCUUGGUUUGGAAACAGCUGGAGGCGUCAUGACAGUCUUAAUUCCGAGGAAUACCCAAAUUCCCACCAAGAAAGAACAGGUUUUCUCUACCUACUCCGACAACCAACCCGGCGUUCUGAUCCAGGUGUAUCAGGGCGAGAGAACUAGAACUAAAGACAACGACUUGCUCGGCAAGUUUGAACUUUCCGGCAUUCCACCAGCACCCAGAGGCGUGCCUCAGAUCACCGUGUGCUUCGAUAUUGACGCCAAUGGUAUCCUGAGCGUGUCUGCUGAGGACAAGACAAGUGGUCAGAAGAACAAAAUCACCAUCACUAAUGAAAAGGGAAGGCUCAGCAGGGAGGAAAUUGAAAAGUUGUUGCAGGAAGCAGAGAGGUACAAGACAGAGGAUGAGGAGCAUAAGAAGAAGGUGGAAGCGAAGAAUGCUCUUGAGAAUUACACUUACAAUAUGAGGAAUACGAUCAAGGAUGAGAAGAUUGGAGGGAAGUUGAACUCUGCUGAUAAGCAUAAAAUUGAGGAGGCUCUUGAGCAGAUAAUUCAGUGGAUUGAUGGUAACCAGCUUGCUGAGACUGAUGAGUUUGAGGAUAAGAUAAAGGAGCUUGAAGGAUUGUGUAACCCGAUCAUAGCAAAAUUGUAUCAGGGUGGUGGGGAGGCUACCAUGGAUGAGGAUGGCCAUCGUGGUGGAAGCGAUGCAGGGCCAAAGAUCGAGGAAGUUGAUUGAGUAAAACUUGCAGUUUGAAAUUUUAAUUGAGCAUGUGUUCUUCUUAGUACCAAUUUUACUUAAUUUCAAGUGGUUUGUGUAUCUUUGCUGCUUAUUUGCCUGCGUGUAAUUUGUAUUUCUCCAAUAUUGUAAAAUAAGAUUGUUGUGUGCUACAUUGCUGCUGUGUCAUGCUUUUUAAAUUUAUUUUUUUCAACAAUUUCAAACAUUAGAAAUAUGAUCGGAAAAUAAUUCGUUCA